AUGGGAAUGGAUCGCCUGGAUUCCAACAAGGUACCGGAGAUUUUAAGGAGCGAGCUGUUUGAGUUGGACAGACGCAUUGCAAGUCUAGGAGAGACUAUAAUGGAGAUAUUAUGUGAAGGUUUAGGAUUGGAGAGAGAUAGGUUGAAAAAUAUAGAUCUCUCUGUGCUUACCGUUCUGUUGCAAGAUCAAAUUGGAGGGUUACAAGUGAAGCAUGGUGAAGAUUGGGUUGAUGUUAAACCCUUGGAUGGAGCUCUUGUUAUCAAUAUAGGAGAUAUUCUUCAGAUAAUGUCUAAUGACAAGUAUCGGAGUGUGGAGCAUCGAGUCUGGCAAAUUCUUUCCGGGAACCAAGAAUUUCGAUAG